UUUUUUGAUCGAUCGAAUUCACUCAUGCAUGUCUAAACAGCAUGAGCCAUGCCCAUGCAUCUUUUCACAGUUGGAUCAUGGCUACCUAGCUCAAGGAAUUAAUAUUAAACAAAUUAAAUGGCUCUUAUUCUCUUUCCCUCUCCCUUCCAAAUCUAUUUGGAUUCCCUCUCCCCUCCCAUGGCGUGAGUAGUCCUUCCUCAUCAUGUUCAAUUAUUUUCAACCCACGUCGAGGAUGGCUAUGAACUCCAUGCGCCAUCGAAUCCCAAGGGGGAGGACUACGACGAAAAUGAUGAUGAUGAUACCGUUGGGAUCCUUUUCUUUCAGUUAGCUAGCUAGCUAGCUAGCUAUAUCUAUAUAGCUGCUGACUCUUCGUACUAGAUGGGCUUCUGCUUUCCGGCGGUAAUCUUGAGGCUGAGGCUCGGAAAGAGGAGUCAUGGCGGCUCUAGUAUCACCCUCCCUUCAUCCUCUUCGUCUCCUCCCCUUCCUUCCUCGUCCUCGUCCUACUCUCGGUGGUUAUUAGCAAGGAGGAAACCGUUGCCGCCGCCGACAGAAAUGGAGGUGAUGGAGAAGAGGAGGUGGGACAGCUUAGAGUCUUGGUCCAUGCUCUUGGACCUGCAGGGUAAUGGAUCAGAUCAAGGCAAUGACAAUAAUAAUGAUGAUUGGGAGGGCGUCGGUCAGAGGGAGGAGUGGAUGGCUGAUCUCUCGCAGCUCUUCAUCGGCAACAAGUUCGCUUCAGGAUCCAACAGCAGGAUUUACAGAGGAAUCUAUAAACAAAGAGCAGUCGCCAUAAAGAUGGUCAGGAUUCCAGAGCAGGACCAGCAGAAGAAGACGAUCCUAGAGAAGCAAUUCAACUCCGAGGUCUCCUUCCUCUCCAGGCUAUAUCAUCUAAACAUCGUUCAGUUCAUAGCAGCUUGUAAGAAGCCGCCAGUGUACUGCAUCAUCACAGAGUACAUGUCCCAGGGAACUCUGAGGAUGUACCUCCACAAGAAGGAGCCCUACUCGUUGUCGACGGAGACCAUCUUGAGGUUGGCCCUGGACAUAUCGAGGGGGAUGCAGUACCUCCACUCUCGAGGCGUCAUUCACCGCGAUCUCAAGUCGCACAACUUGCUCCUCAACGACGAGAUGAGGGUGAAGGUGGCCGACUUCGGCACCUCCUGCCUGGAGACGCAAUGCAAGGAGUCCAAGGGGAACAUGGGGACGUACAGGUGGAUGGCUCCCGAGAUGAUCAAGGAGAAGCCCUAUACGAAGAAAGUAGACGUUUACAGCUUCGGAAUCGUGCUGUGGGAGCUCACCACUGCUCUCGUUCCCUACCAGGGCAUGACCCCCGUCCAAGCUGCCUACGCUGCUUCCGAGAAGAAUCUCAGACCACCACUCUCGACGACAAGCUCUCCGGUGCUCAACGGUCUCAUCAAGAGAUGUUGGUCUGCGAACCCAUCGAAAAGGCCGGACUUCAAUUACAUCGUCUCGAUUUUAGAGAAGUACGAUGAGUGCCUCAAGGAGGGUCUUCCGAUUAUGGUGGUGCAUCAGGAGCUGAGAUUUGGGGCUUCACUCUUCGAGCUCUUGAAAGGCUGCAUGGCCACCACCACUUCAUCGAUUCCAGUUCAAGCCUGAAAACAUUUGUUAAUUCUAGUUUUUCACUAAUUAAUUUCUGAAAUAUAAUUAUUCAACAUCUAGGUCGGUCUGUUGUGCAAUUAACAUCAAUGAGGAAUUAAUAAACAGAUCCUUUG